GGCAAAUUCAAUUGGCAGCUUGGGGGUUAACGGCCGGGUGUCCCUCUGCUCAGAUUUUCACUGAGCUUUCAUUAUAUAUGGCGUUUGAGAGAGCUCAAGUUGGCUUCUAAUUUCUCGACACUUUGAACCCUUUUCUCGAAGUCUCCUAAGCCUCAAAGAUUCCGAUGGCUUCCUGUAGCUUGGGAACAUCAAAUAUUAGAAUUUCAAACUUGGACUUUGGUAGAGCAAGAAUUGGUAUUCUAAAAAAGUUUCGCAUAAGAACUUGGGCAGGACAGAGAACACAACAAUUUGCAGGGUUAACAUUACGAGUUUCACGACAGUCAGAGAAAGCACAAACUGUACAUGUUAGUCCAUCUUUAGAAACCAAGUCUGCUGGAACUGUUGAGAAUGGUUCUGAAGAGGCUGAAUUUUCUGGUUUGAGAAGCCAGCUCAUUCCUAAUUCAUAUGAAGUGGAAUCUCUGCUCACAACAUUAUGUGAUACAACUUCAGUCGUGGAGUUUGAAUUAAAGCUUGGUGAAUUUCACUUACAUGUCAUGAGGGACUUGACUGGGAAAGUUAAACCUGCACCUCCCCCAAGUCCUUCUCCUGUUAGUGCAAUUGCAACUGCUGAAGCUCCUGCUACUGCAAAUGGAUCUGUUUCUACACUAUCUUUAGCUAUCUCCAAGCCAGUACCUCCUUCAAGGGGGGUUCAGAUAUUUCUAGAAAAGGCUGCAGAUGAAGGCUUGGUCAUACUUAAAUCUCCAAGGGUGGGUUUUUUUAGGAGAUGCAGAACCAUAAAGGGAAAGCGUGCUCCACCUUCAUGUAAAGAGAAACAAAUGGUGAAAGAGGGCCAAGUGCUUUGCUACGUUGAACAGCUUGGUGGCGAGGUCCCAAUUGAGUCUGAUGUAGCUGGGGAGGUCAUCAAGAUACUACGAGAGGAUGGAGAUCCUGUUGGAUAUGAUGAUGCUCUCAUUGCAAUCCUUCCAUCAUUUCCUGGGAUAAAGAAGCUUCAGUAGAUGAUUUGGUAUAAUUUUCUUUCUUUCAUUCCAUGCAACAACACUACAGCUACAAUUUGCAGGCAUUGUAUGCCUUGAGUGCCAGUUUUAGUUGAAGAUGAUACAUGGCUUUGCUUUU